UACAACUCCCGGCAUGCAGCGAGGCAGGCGCAUGCGCUGAGCGGGGCUCCGGAAGUCAGCUGCCCGUGCGGCCGGGGCCGCCAUGAAUCUGGAGCGGGUCCCCAACGAGGAGAAGCUCAACCUGUGCCGGAAAUACUACCUGGGCGGCUUUGCCCUUCUGCCCUUCCUCUGGCUGGUCAACGUGUUGUGGUUCUGCCGCGAGGCCUUCCUGGCGCCCGCCUACACCGAGCAGCCGCAGAUCAAGAGUUACGUCCAGCGUUCGGCCGUGGGGCUGCUGUUUUGGGUGGUCGUGCUGACCACAUGGGUCACCAUCUUCCAGACACACCGGGCCCGCUGGGGCGAGCUGGGCGACUACCUGUCCUUCACCAUUCCGCUAGGCAUCCCCUGAUGGCACCCCGCUCAGAGGGCAUCCAGGGGGCGCCCUCCAGCUGGGACCAGCGGGGGUCACGUUCCUGCCAGAGCUGCUGUUCCUGGCCGGGGUUGCCAGUCCUCCACAUGCCCAGUUCUGCCCCGUGAUCCCAGCUGGGCUGCACCCCCUGCUCCAGGAGAAUCAAUAAAGCUGAGGCCCGUUUCACCCUGUC